GAACAUCCUAAAAAUACCUUGAAACAACGCAAUAAACACAAGCCAAAUAUCACCGUUGGUAAAAUGUGUUUACAUUAAAUGUAAACAUUAACAGAGUUUUCGGUGCAAAAAUAAAUCACUCGUUCGCAAAACUCAGGUGAGAAACGAUGGAGUCCGGACAAAGCGAGGAUCAAAAACGAAAUUAUCGCGUCGGCCUUCUCAAGUUUUUUAGCAUGGAUUCCGACUGGAAUUUAAACUACGAUGCGCCCGUCUUUCCGAAGAGUGUCUGGGGCAAACAGCUCAUGUUCAAGAUAGUGGAAUUGAUUGUUUCCUGUGUGGGCGCCGGAUUGUACUCGGAAGGAUCGAAAAUAACGCAGCAGGAUUCGAUAAGUGCCCUAACGUUUCCGUACGUCGUUUUCGGCAGCUUCUUCAUCAUAACGAGCAUCGUCAUUUUGAGUUACAUGCUGGGCUACGCGAUGCCGGACGUACUCGUCAGGAUUUUCAAUUCUUUGGCGACGAUUUUGUACUUUAUAUCCGGUACAGUGAAUCUCUAUAUUUGGGUAGCGAAAAGAAACUCCGCUGACAAUGGAGAUUCAAUGAAAUUUUUACUGGCUGUUUCGAUGGUUCAUUAUUUUGUUGCCUUCAUUUAUGGUAUCGAUGCAUUUAUUAGUUAUAGGAAGGCUAUUAUUUUUGAGGAGUUAAGUUGAAUUGCAGAUUUUAUUGAAUUGAGAAAUGUGAGCUUGUUUGUUAUUGAUAUAUAGGCCAUGUAAUAAUGGAAUUGAUUACUGAACUUAAGAAAUCAUGUAGCAACAAGCGCGUACGUACUGAUGUUUGUCUUUGCAAUUACGAAAUAGGUGAUAACCGCUUUAUCACAAAUUACGAAAACAAAAAACGUAAAAAUUAACGAUUUAAUUACGUAAAAUUUCUCAUAAAAUGUUAAGUUGCGUUGUGAAAUAAAUUAUUAAUCUUG